AAGCCGCACCCCCGCCGGUUUCUUUCUCACCUCUCGCCCACCAUUUCGUUCAUCUUUCAGCGUCUCUUCGGCACCGCCGCCCCAUCACCCGUCAUGUCUGCUGCUAAGACCACCGCCCAGAACCUCAUCAACGACAAUGGCGUCGUUGUCUUCUCCAAGUCUUACUGCCCCUUCUGCAAGGCCAGCAAGGACCUCCUGAACGACCUUGGUGCCAAGUACACCACCCUUGAGCUGGAUGAGGAGCAGGACGGCGCUGCUAUUCAAUCCGCUCUUCAGGAAAUCUCCGGCCAGCGCACUGUUCCCAACAUCUACAUUAACCAGAAGCACAUUGGCGGUAACUCUGACCUGCAGAACAGGAAGUCCGAGCUCCCUGCUCUGCUUGCCGCUGCUGGUGCCCUGUAA